AGAAAGUAGGGAUUAUUUCCCUUUCGAGAUAAGGAAAGAAGGUCAAGAGAUUAGAAAAAGUUGGAAGUCACCCAGGUAGAAGGGCUAGAGCUGAGGCUUGAAUCCAGAUGUAACUCCAUGCUCAAUACACAUCCCACUGCCCCUCCCCAAAGGACAGGUCUUAGAAGGAGCUGAGUGGGGAGAGACACUUUUUUUUAUACUAAGUAUUUUAUUGUAUGCUGCUGCCCGUGCAUAUAAAAUAAUUGCCCUUGUGAAACAGAAAUUCAUGAAAAUUCAGAGAGGUAGAAGAUUAAACAAAUACUUUAAUUCCCAAUGGUAAUUAAAUUCUAGGAAGAAAAUAAAGGUGACAGGAGCAGAGUGACUGGGAGGGCAGGGGCUUCCAGAUCCAGGGUAAUCUAGGGCAGCCUCUAAGAAGAGGAUGUUGCAGCAGAGGCCUCAGUAAUGAGAAGGAUCCAGCUGUGGAAGGUUCUGGAGGAAGGGCAUUCUAGGCAGCAGGAAUAAUUACAAAGCCCCAGAGGUCCCCAUUGUGGCCCAAGCAGAGAGAGGCAGGUGGAGAGUGUAGGAGAGUAGGGUGAGAAUGUAGAACCUGGGGUUUUACUCUAAGUUAAUGAGAAGCUAGUAGAAACUUUUAAACAAGGGAGUGACAUGAUUUAAUUUAAUGGACCCCAGGGACACAGGAGCAGACACCUAAAGGCCAGCCAGGAGGCUGUGGCAAUAAUACCAGCAAGAGUGAUGGUGGUUUGGAGCAGGGUGGUGGCAGUGGAGGGGUGAGAAGUGGUGAUGCAGGGGGUGGACCCGCAGUCAUCAUGCAUGCUCAGAGUCACAGAGCAUCUCCAGGAGCACUCACAUGUGCACACAAGCCCACAUGCACACAUGGAGAGGCACGUGCUCCCACACCCUCAAGAGCAUGCAGACACCAGGUGCACUCCGGCAGACCCACCUGUCCGCACUCUCAGAGUCCCUCCAGGACUGGGAGGAAGGUGUGUGAUCUGGGGACCUGAACAAAGCAUGGCUCCCCUCCACAAAGCCCUGGCAUCCAGCAUGGCUGGGGUGGCUGGGGCUCCCACAGGCUCUGGCACAGGGAGGGAGGGUGUCCCUAGAUUUUUCCUGGAUCUGGUGUCCCCAGGAACCAGACCAUUAUCCUCUCCAUGCACCCCCUCCCCAAUCUGAAUUGGUCUCCCAACUUCACCACCCACUGGCUGCGAGACCUUGGGGAGAUUAUUUCCGCUCUCCAAGCCCCAGUUUCCUCUCUGGAGAAUGCGGUUCACAACCCCAACUUCACAGGAUGGUAGCGAGGCAUCAGCGAGGUGGGCACGGCCCCCCGCGCCCCCACCAGGCGCCAUGGACUGGAAGACGCUGCAGGCCCUGCUGAGCGGCGUGAACAAGUACUCCACAGCCUUCGGGCGCAUCUGGCUGUCGGUGGUGUUCGUCUUCCGCGUGCUGGUGUACGUGGUGGCCGCGGAGCGCGUGUGGGGGGACGAGCAGAAGGACUUUGACUGCAACACCAAGCAGCCGGGCUGCACCAACGUCUGCUACGACGAGUUCUUCCCCAUCUCCAACAUUCGCCUCUGGGCCCUGCAGCUCAUCUUCGUCACGUGCCCGUCGCUGCUGGUCAUCCUGCACGUGGCCUACCGCGAGGAGCGCGAGCGGCGCCACCGCCAGAAGCACGGCGACCAGUGCGCCAAGCUGUACGACAACACGGGCAAGAAGCACGGCGGCCUCUGGUGGACCUACCUGCUCAGCCUCAUCUUCAAGCUCCUCAUCGAAUUCCUCUUCCUCUACCUGCUGCACACUCUCUGGUACGGCUUCGCCAUGCCCCGCCUGGUCCAGUGCGCCAACGUGGCCCCCUGCCCCAACAUCGUGGACUGCUACAUCGCCCGGCCCACCGAGAAGAAGCUCUUCACCUACUUCAUGGUGGGCGCCUCCGCCGUCUGCAUCGUGCUCACCUUCUGCGAGAUCUGCUACCUCAUCUUCCACAGGGUAGUGCGAAGCCUUCCCAGAAAGAGCCUCCCCCGGGGCCGCGGCCCCCCCAGCCGGGCCUCCACCUGCCGCUGCCACCACAAGCUGGUGGAAGCCGGGGAGUUGAGCCCGGAUUCCGGCGACGACAAGCUGCGCGCUUCGGCGCCCACCAUGACCCCCAUCUGACCGUGGUCUGGGGAGCGAUCCUGGGGCUGCCCGUGGGGACAGGCAGGGAGGUAUGGUGCCGGUGGAGAGGUGCUACAGGUGCUGGGUGUCCCCACGCUGAAUUCACUAUUCCAUUUCAUAGCAGGUUUUCUUGUGCACUGGGCACUGUGCUGUCUAUCUGGUAUAGGUCACACCACAGGCCCAGUGGCAGCCCUCCUGGGAGAGAGAGAGACACUGAAAUGAGCAAAUUAACUAUUGUCUGCAAGGGGACACUUAGGAGGCUCAUAGCAGGGCUUCACCUAACCCAGGAUGGGGUGAUCAGGAGACGCUUCCCUGAGGAAGGAAUGUUUAAGAGAGGUGAGAAGUGCUUCCUAGCAGAGACAAGCAGGGGCAAAGGCCCCGAGGCCACCAAAAGAAAGAUGCUUGCCCUGGGUCUGGUUAGAUGCACCAGACCAAAGGGAAUCUUCAGUUCUCCGAGAGAAGCACCCAGAUUCCUGGGGUGGAAAGGAAGUAUCCUCCCAGCAGUGGAGGUCUGGAAGCCGAGAGUGAGCCCGGAGAGAGGAGGAGGCUUUGGUGACACCAACCCCUGCCUGAGACACCCAGAGAUCCUCUGGGUCACCACUGCCCUUAGGGAAUGCCCACCCCACCCCCCACCCGCAUCUUAUUCCUCCAGCCUCAGGCAGCUCUGCUCCUGUCUUCCUCCCACAAGUGUACUCAGUCUGGUGCCAGCCUUUCAGACCCCCCUCUCAGGGACUUGAGGUGGAUGUGCUGGUAGGAACAUCCCCAAGGCAAUUUCCUUGAAAUCAAUAAAGGCUGU